AUGCCGCCAUAUUUACAUCCCCACCUGAAGCGGAAACUGGACUUUGACGAUUUCCAUGUUAACCCAGAAGACACCAUCGAACAACCACCGGCGGAAUACGAAGACCCUGAGCAUAGGGCAGCGAAGCGACGAAGAAUCGAGGCGAUUGCAUCCCGAUACCUACGCGGCCGACCACCCGUCAUCGUCACAGCAGGGCUGAGAGGACCCUUUAACAAUGGCUGGAAGAACCCGUGGGCGAAACCCAUAGUGGAGCAGAAGAGAGUAUCGGGCAAGAGCAACAACGCCAUUGGCAACAAGGUCGCUGCUGGCAGGAAAGACGCCGUCGGACGUAGGAGCAGCGCAAGACCAAGCGGGAACAUUGAGAAGGAUGUCGUAGAAGCCGUUGCGCCCCAGAUCGAGUCGCCAGAGACAUCCAGAGCUGCCAGGGACGAUUUAGACCACCGCGAACACGACGAUAGUCUCGACGAAAUCGAAGUCCCGCCCGCAACGGCGCCCUUAUCAGACGCUGACGAUGUGUCUGGCGCAACAGAGUUCCUCAGCGUGGACACGGCCAAAUGCAUACAAAACCGCUCCCCUAUGACAAACCCAUUCUGGUUGCGUCGCCCUGACUCUGCAAGAGUCGACAUACGUAAAGCUACAAACCGGAAUACAGAUACGUCUCCAACACGGUCGCGGUCGCGGAACAGCGCCUCACAAAUGCAAACCCUGGCAGAACUGCGACUCGGUCUCCCGAAAGCGGCUAUCCGGGCUCAGACAUCGGCUCCUGAAGUUUUAGAGCCAGAGGAGUGGAGAUCAAGUGCCUCAGCUUCCAUGGUGAUUUCCUCGCCUGCCAAAGGUGGCGAUAUCGACGUUCAGGCACAAGCUCCAGCAAUCCAGGACUCGGUAGCAGAGACGAGCAAUACUCCGGCUCCGACCAUAGCAACACCCCACAGCAGUGAGCCGGGACAACGUUCGCAGCGGACUGUACCAAUCAUCACUUCUUCGAUGGGUAGUCAAGGAAGGCACACGAGGAAUGGCGUACCGCGGUCUGCGGAGCGCCCUGCCAGUCCAACAAUGCCAGCCUCCAGAUCAAAGGAACAGCCUCGGCGCUCCAUUCGUCCAAGUACGCAGAAUGCGCCCUCGCCUGUGCCGGCUUCUUCAACUGGCGCUGGCCGUAGAAAGACCAAACUAAAGCCUAGAGCAGUCAACUUUGACUCAUCACCGGAGAAGGUUCCUUCUGCCAAGAUGCUGUGCACGGAGAAGAAGGCCACCCACAACGAAGCCGACGACCGGCUGCAGGAAGACUCCACAGAGGCAGAUAUGGUCAACGUGCCAGCAUCGCCCCAAGUCGAAGGCGAUACCACUGUUGUCCAAGAUGUAAAUCCAGAACUGCGAACAAGUCAUGGUAGUCAUGAGUCUGACUGGUCUACGCAAGCCGCCAUGAUGCGGGCUCAACUUGAGUUCCAGCAAAGCACUUUUCCCAUGGUAUCGCCCGAAGUCCUUCGAUUGGAUUCACAGGCCUCUCCUCUUGACACACCUCGUCCAAUACCCGCCGUACUCAGCGCAGCAAUCACGCCUCUUUCUGCCUUCACGGUACAGCGGGACGAAGCACUCGCACCCGAAACUGUGCUCCAGGCUCCACCCAUCAGCACGCAGGACCUUUUUGGCGCAGCAUCACCAUUCGCGUUCAGCACAGUGAAGAAGAAGAAGCCCGAGGAACCACAAAGAAGCAGCUUGAGGUUCGCUCUCAGCCCUAGUGACGGGGUACUGAAAGCUGACGCGGUCGCUAAGAGCCCCACUCCCACUACCGACCGCAUUCCACUGAAGGAUAAGAACAAUAUCACAUCGUUUUGGAGCUUCACCACAGACAAAGCUUCACAAGAAUCCCUGGGGUUGUUGGGUGACAGGGCCAAAGGAGCAUUGAACGACGUUGGAUUUCUGGCUCUGAACAUCGACGCGUCACUGGGUGACUUUGGCCCCACUGGUGAUCUGGAUUUUACAGAUGGCUUCCUUCGUAACAUAGACGACACUUGA